AUGGAAAGUAAUUUAUCAAAUACUGAAUCACCUUCACCUUCACCAUCUUCACCUUCACCUUCGUCACAUACUACUCCAGCAACCACUAACACCACCAAUAAUGAGAAUCUCGUCAACCAAAUAACGACAAGUACUACCACAAAUACAACUCCAUCGUCUGGCAACAUCAUGACAACCACCACCACAAAACCGAAACGUCAAAGAAGAAGUUAUAGUUGUGGUCCAUGCAAAUUAUUAAAAAUCAAAUGUGAUUUACAAAUCCCCUGUACUGCUUGUAAAAAAUUUAAUCGAAUUAAUCGAUGUUUAUUACAACCACCUCAGCCUCCUUCAGAACAAGAAUUGAGUAAAAUUCAAGAACGGAAAAAGAGAACUACAAUUAAAAAAAUGAAAUUAUCCAAUGAAUUUGUCCAAGCAUAUAAUGUGAAUCCCAAUGCAUUACCAUCAAUGAUUUCUACAGUGGAAUCUACUUCGAAAAAUUAUGAAAAGAAAACUCAGAAAUAUAAAAUGAAUCAAAUACUGUUAGACAAGGGCUCUCCUCUGAAAGAGAAUAACCAUAAAAUUUCAAACCAAUUGAGCAACUCCAAUGGUAGUAGACAAGAUACUCAAUUAUCUAAAACUCAAAACUCAAUCCCACCUCAUUCACUUAUUGAAAUUCAACGACAUCAUUUGAGUUUCCAACAACCACAAAUGAAUAAACAACAAUUACAUCCAAUUUCGUAUAUCACAUCUGUGUCAUCACCAUCAUCAACAUUAACAUCAACAACUUUUAAUUUCCCUCAAAAUUCUCAACAAGAAGAUGUGAUUCAAUAUUUACUUGACAUGGAUUCACAAAAAAAUAUUGAUUUAACCAUGGUUGAUAUAAAAAGAAUAAAACGACUAUUACCUAAUGAUUUUGCAUUGUUUAAAAAUAUGUUUGAUUGUUAUUUAAAUACCAUUAAUCCCAUUGCUAUUGAUAUGCAAGAUUUUUCAGAGAUUUUCAAACAAAGUAAUCUUGUUUAUAAUAAAUUAUUAUCCAUCGAUGAUGAAAAUCCGAGAAAUUUAAGUAUUAAUGUCCCAUUUACUUUAAUUGAAUUACGAAACUUGUCAUUAUUUUUCCUUAUACUAGUUAAUGGUUUAUUAUUUGAUUUUAGAGGGAGCAACAACAAAACAACAAUGGACAAUGCCCGCCAUCAAAACCACAACAAUCAUAAUACUAAUUUCUUACUUGAAAGAAGGUUAUAUAAAUCAAAGAAUGACAUGAUUGAAGAUUGGAUCAAAAUAUCGAAAUUUAUUAAAUUAAAAGUUUUAGCUUAUGAAAGUUUAACUGAUAUUAUUUUUUUAAUUGAUUGGUAUAUGAUUCUUAAAAAUUAUUAUGACUAUGAAAAUAUGGUAGUGGAAAAUUAUCUUGAAUUUAAUAAUUUAUUAAAUUAUCUUGUAUUGAAUAAUGAUUUUAUUAAUACCAUUGAAGAUCCUUAUAAUGAAGUAGGACGAAAUCCAAAUGAUGAUGAUGAUGUUGACGAUGACAAAGAUACCACAACUGUUUUAUCAUCAGUUGAAGAGAAACAAGUAGUGUAUCCUGAUACUAGACAUUUUAAAGUUUUAUCAAAAUAUUGGAUUCAACUUCGUUUAAUUGAAAUUGAUUAUACAUUUUUCCAAUUCAAAGGAUCUUUGUUGUUUGCUAAUCAAUUAAAAGGUACAGUUGUUCCUCAUAAAAAAAUAUUGAGUACUCUUUAUAAAGAUAUUGAAUUGGAUCCUAUUACUACUCAUUUAAUGAAAAUAUGGGGGUUAUAUUAUAAACGAUCGAAAAAUACCACCUCAGUGAGAGAAAUAAUUAAAGAUUAUUUAUUAUUAUAUUGUAAUAUGAUGGGUACUUUAAAAGAUGAAUUGAAUGAAUUUGAAACCACUAAACCAUUAGAAUCACCUAAUCUGAGAUCAAUUAAUCUUAAAGAUAUUGAAUUACUCAUUAAAAAUCAACGACUUUUACAUUUAUUUGUUCGAUGGUUAUCAUUUAUUCGUAUUGAAUCAAAUUAUUUCCCAAGCUUACGAUAUACCACUUAUUUAACUACUAUAAUGAAUUUGUUUAAUCAUUUUAAUUAUUUGGAUGAUAGAAGCAAUAGUAAUGUAUUAUCCAUGAUUUUCAAUAAUUAUUCAUUAAACAAUAUUAAAUUAUUUUAUCAAUGUUUAGUAUUCCAAGGGAUUUUUUUAGUAUUAUUGAAAAAUGCCUUGAAUGGGAAUAAUAUUUAUCCAAAUUCAAUUCCAAAAUUUAAAAUUAAUUUAGAGAAGAUUUAUCAAUUUCUGUUACAUCAAUAUCAAACAACAUUAAAUAAAAUAUUAAAUCAUGAAAUUUGUCGAGAAUUACUGGAAAAUAUCACAUUAUUCAAAUUAAUUACUAAUUUAUCUAUUGAAUUUAAUCAAUAUUUAAUUAACCCCAUAACUAAUAAUAAUAAUAAUAAUAAUCUUAACUCUAAAGAAAAAGAUUUGGAUUUGGAUUUGACAGAUUUAAUUUACGAUUUAAAAUCCAAAAUUUCUUCAUCAAAUUGGGAUUUAUUAUUAAAUUAUUUCUUUGGUUCAAAAGAUAAUUUUGCUCGAUAUAUUGAAAAAAUUUGGGAUUUAUUUCAAUAUUUAAAGAUAGAUCCAACCACCACGACAGUUUCCACUCCUACAACUAAUAUACCAAUAACAUCAAAGAUUUAUUUGAAUGAUCAUUUGAUUGAUGAAGUUAUAGGGAAAUUUAGUGGGUUUAAAUUUGAUGAAGAUGUUGUUAAUAAUUAUUUUAAACAUUGUGUUGAACCAAAUAUCUUUGAAUGA